AUGAGCCACAGUGAAAAACCUUCAGAGCAACAGGAUGAGACAGAGACUGAAAUACACAAGGACGACAAACUUCACCCAGAGGACUGUAACGGUAAGGAUGAUCAGGGGAAAGAUUUACUCAAGACGAGUCAGACGGAGAAAAGGUCGGUCAGCCCGCUCACUCUUUUCAAAGAGGACUUCAGCCAGUUCAAGGAAGGACUGUUGAAAGUGUUCAAGGACAAAGACACAAAUCCUAAAACAGCACAGCCACCAGAAAAGCCGAUCAACACUCUGACUCUGCUCAAAGAGGACUUGACUCAUUUGAAAGAAGACAUCUCCAGCAUCUUCAGAAUCGGCCUUUCAAAGGAGCAUGAAGACAAAGAUGGUGCUGCAAAGCUGGACUCCUCCAACGCUGUCAAGGUAAAAGCCACUGAAGCUGAAAGAAGUGACGAGUCCCUCCUGAAUCUGUUCAAGAGAGGUAAUCUUUCAAAGAUUACCCAAAAAACAAACGAUAGUCAGGAAGUUAGGAAGACACUCUCAGUAAAUGCAGAGGAACAAACGGAUAAUGGAUUUACGAACAAAAACCCAAUUAGCACUGAGGAAACUAAUAACAAUACGACGGAGAGGCUGAACGACUCAGACGACAGCAAGCUGGAUGCAAAUGUUUCCCAGGAGGUAACUGAGAGGAGGAAGGCUUCCUCUGAAACACAACAGAGCCAGGAGGCGAUGCAUGCAUCAGAGAAAGUUAAUCAGUUAAGUGAGAACGGGAAGGGGGGACAUGACUCGUCAGCGGCGUCAGGAGAGGAAGAAGAUGAACCUUCAGAAACAGUUCAGUGUCCUUUGAUGUCUAAGCUCACUUUCAACGCUGUGGGAAACACCGACAAAGAAGACCUCAAGGAGUUGCCAGGAGGACACCUGUGGGCACUGAAAAACUUUGCCUACUACCUGACCUUUGACCCCAACACUGCCAACUCUGAGAUCCUUCUAACUGACAGUAACAGGAAGGCAACUCGUGUCUGGUCAGACCAUCAAUACUCAGAGCAUCCAGAGCGGUUUGAGUUCUGUCCUCAGGUCCUGUGCAGGGAGGGACUGCUCGACAAGGUGUACUGGGAGGUGGAGUGGAGAGGUGGCGCUGACAUCGGUGUCACCUACAACAACAUCUCUAGAGAUGGAGACACGGUGAACUGCCUGCUGGGACACAACGAGCGUUCCUGGACUCUGGAGUGCGCAGAGGGAAGCUACACUCCGUGUCACAACAGAAAGAGGUUAAAGUCACUCUCACCCGAGAACUUCACCCACAGAAUUGGUAUCUAUCUAAACUGGCCUGCUGGCGCUCUAUCCUUCUACUGCGUCUCUCAGGACAUGAUGGUCCACCUCCACACUUUCAGCUGCACCUUUACUGAGCCACUGUACCCGGGGUUCUGGGUGUGGGCAUACAACGGCUCAGUGUCUCUCUGUCAUGUGGAGCUAGAGUGGGAACAUGCACUAAAGUGACAACAGGAUGACCCCAGGAUACCCAGAUGAGACUUUUUUCAUGGCUGAGAGCAUCAUGUGGAGUUAUUCAUCAGUGUUAUUCACUGUUGGAGCAAUGCAGUCUCCCUCCAUGCUGUAGGAGAACUUCUGAGGGCAAAUUUUCAGGAGAGUGGGACGAUGGCGCGGGGCUUCAGAGGUAGAUUGGGGGCGGGGUUUCAGAAGUUGGACAAUGCAGUGAGAGCAGAGAUGCAAAAACUAUACCCACAGCUUUGCAAAUAACACAUUAUGUGAUGAAACAUCAAACUACAUUGAUAUAAACACGACUUCCUUAUUCUGUCUGAAUUUAUGCUGAUAUCUUUUCAAAAAUCAUGACACUGGA